GAGUGAGUCUUUCACACCACUCUUCAUAUUUCUUGUUUCUAAAACUGGUCACAUAUAUGGCUGGGCUUUCUGAAUCUCUGCCUGGAUUCUCUCGUUUUACGAAGUACCACACACAGACUGGUCAACUCCGUCAAGAAAUAUGAAUGGCUCCCUUGUCUGCCUCUUCCUGUACUGUGUGGUAAUCAUGGGAACAGCAGUACUUGCUAAUGACGGUAACAAUCCUACUGGUGAAAACUUCACAACUGAAAAUGGAACUUUGGCUAACCCUAACGCAACCAUGGGACCUUCUGGAACUACAGAAUUAACAAAAUUAGACAAUUCAACAAAUCAAAUCUCAACCAAAGAUGUUCAGUCAGAAUCAACAACGCCAGCUACACUCAACACCAGUGAAACAUCUGGAACCAAUAGCCCAGUGAACACCAACAACACACCAUCCAGAGCCAACACCAAACCUACUGCCUACCCUCCACUUGAGGCCAAACCCAGCCCCGGCUCUUACUGUCUGUUUGAGAAGAAUGAGGGAACCAUCCUGCUGAUGGUGACAGGUGGCCUGGUGGUCCUGUGUACCAUCCUGCUGGUUUCCACCGUGGUGCUGUCAUGCCAGGUGUGCCACCUGAAGCGCCGGCCCCGCAUCAGCAGCCGCCCCACCCGCAGCAAUGUAGACCUGGUGAGUGGUGCUGCGUACUUGGGCAUUGGCCAGAGGACCAAGGAGAGGCCUGACUCUGAGCCCAGUGAGACCAGCCUGAUGAUGGCAGAGCUCAAACAGACCCAGGAGGGGGAGAGGGGCAAGGAAGACAAGGAGCAAGGGAAAAAUGAGAUGGCGAAAGACACACCCAAGAAGGACGAGAAGAAGGAAGCGACGGAAAACGGGGUGUCAGGAGCUGCAAACCCUAGCCAGGGGAGCCCAGUCACCACCACCACCAAGCAGCCUGCAGAGCCCUCUGACCCCGCAGCCACAGCAGUCUCUCCCCCCUCCCAAGCCUCCAGUGAUGUUGUUGUGGUUGUGGGGUGAGGGUUCUCACAUGGUGACGACCUCCUCAGACUCUGGCCCAGAAACAAGCUCAAACCACUGGCCAAACUGUCCUCAGCUGCAUACCGAUGGGUACAGCACAGUUUUAUACAACAGCUUCUAUUGGCAUGCUGUAAAGAGAUCUGCUUAGAGUGAUUUAGUGUGGUUUUUCAAUGCUAGAGUAGCUUUGUAUUUUAUGCUUGCAUUCUCAUUCAAAACUUGAGAAAUAAUUACCAUUAUGAUAAUGUCUCUUCAAAUGAAUGUACCACAAGAAGUUGAAUAUAAUGUGAAUGUUUAAUAUUUGUAUAAUUUUUUUUUUUUGUGUAACAAAAAUAGUUUAGUUAAAACGUAUAGCCAUCAUCAGUGUCACUGAUCAGAGGAAAUGACUCCUGUUUUGUCUAGUGGUUGUAUCACAGCUUGCUGACAUUUCCCUCACUUCUCCUUUUUUAGAUAUUCAAAAUUCUGAAAAAUUACAAAACAGAACCAACCAGCACUAAACUGUAGUAUCAGUUUAAGUAAAGAGACUGCAUUUAGAGGAACAGUUUUUAAGCCACAAACCUCUUCCAGAAACGCUCUCACAAUGUUUUACUACAAGUCGACAUCACUUCCUUGGUCUUUUCUCUACAGUAAGGAAGAGUUCAAACUUUUCUACUCUAGCGCCAUCUGCCCUUCUGUUUCCAAGGCUUUGUAUACAACAAUAAAGAAUUAGGACACUCUGUAAA